AUGGCUAUUUCAAUAAUGUUCCAAAUUUUCAUUGUCACAUUUUUACAAUACUUUUCAGCUUCAAUUCUAGCAGCAAACCCUACCUACAAUGUUAUUUCCUACGGUGCAAAAGCCGACGGAAAAUCCGACUGCGCCAAGGCCUUUCAAGCUGCUUGGGGUGCCGCAUGCGCCUCCGCUUCUCCGGCCACAAUAAAUGUGCCGCGGGGAAGGUACAUUUUGGGAAAUGUGCAUUUUGAGGGUAGCACGUGCAAAAAUAAUGCCAUAACCAUACAGAUUGAUGGGACUCUUUUAGCUCCAUCCAAUUACAAUGCCAUUGGUAAUAGUGUCCACUGGUUGAUGUUCAAAAGGGUCACCGGAGUUUCUAUCCGCGGUGGAACCCUAGAUGGUCUUGGCGCCAAUUUGUGGGUUUGCAAAGCUUCAGGCAAGAAGUGUCCACAAGGAGCAACGUCAUUGGCAUUCCUCAAUUCGAACAAAAUAAGCAUCAGCGGACUAACCUCCAUAAACAGCCAAAUGUUCCACAUUGUCAUCCACGGCUGCCGCGACACAAAACUCCAAAACAUCAAAAUCAUCGCGCCCGACGAAAGCCCCAACACCGACGGAAUUCACAUUGGACGGUCGUCGGGAGUUUCCAUCACCAACUCCCGCAUUGCCACCGGGGACGACUGCAUCUCCAUGAGUCCCGGAACCUCCAACGUGUUUGUUCAAAACGUCGCAUGCGGCCCGGGCCACGGCAUAAGCAUUGGAAGUCCAGGGUGGGUAUUGAAUGAAGCAGGAGUGGAAAAUGUGACGGUCAAAUCGUGUGUUUUGAGUGGGACCCAAAAUGGUGUGAGAAUCAAGACAUGGGCAAGGCCUAGCAAUGGAUUUGUUAGAAACGUUCAUUACGAGGAUCUCACUAUGGUUAAUGUCAUAAACCCUAUUAUCAUUGACCAAAAUUAUUGCCCCAACAAUAAAAAUUGUCCCAAUCAGUCGUCGGGUGUGAAGAUUAGCGGUGUAACAUAUAAAAAUAUACAUGGAACAUCAGCGACGGAAACUGGAGUGAGCUUGAAGUGCAGUAAAGCGGAGCCGUGCACCGGAAUUAAGUUAGAUAAAGUAAUGCUAAACUACAAGAAUAAAGCAGUUGGUACUGUAUGUGGAAACGCCGUUCAGACUAUGGAUGGAGUAAUCAAGCCACUGAAAUGCCUUGCAUAA